UAUACAAAGACAUGGUUCGUAACUAAACACUAGAUUGAGGCGGCGGGAAGCACUUUUUUUUGUAUCAAAUCACCUAAUUCAUUUCACUUCCACUGUUUUAAGCUUAAUCACUUUCUCCUAAUUAUAAAGCGGUUACAGAAUAACCGAAUAUAAAUACUCCACUAUAUUAAAGUAAUAAAUGUAGAAUAUAUAUACUUACAUUUUAAGUUGCAUUCUCUCAAAACUAAAUUCACUUACUAUGGAUUUGAAGAACAGUGAGAAGAAUCAAACUAGUUUGGUUUUCUGCGUUAAUGGUGAGAGGUUUGAGCUAUGCAACGUUCAUCCAUCAACCACUUUGCUUGAGUUCUUGCGUUCUCAAACUCGCUUCAAAAGUGUCAAGCUUGGUUGUGGUGAAGGUGGUUGUGGUGCUUGUGUAGUUUUAAUCUCCAAAUAUGAUCCUUUUCUUGACAGAGUUGAUGAUUUUACUGCAAGCUCUUGUCUCACUCUUCUCUGUAGCAUACAUGGAUGUUCAAUAACAACAAGUGAAGGCAUUGGAAAUAGCAGACAAGGAUUCCAUCCAAUUCAUGAAAGAUUUGCAGGAUUCCAUGCUUCUCAAUGUGGCUUUUGUACUCCUGGAAUGUGUAUUUCACUCUUGGGGACUCUGGUUAAUGCGGAGAAGACUAAUCGUCCAGAGCCACCUUCUGGUUUCUCAAAAGUCACCGUUUCUGAGGCUGAAAAGGCUAUUGCUGGGAACCUUUGUCGCUGCACUGGUUAUCGACCCAUUGCUGAUGCCUGCAAAAGUUUUGCAGUUGAUGUUGAUAUGGAGGAUUUGGGAUUCAACUCUUUCUGGACAAAAGGAGAGACCAAGGACUUAAAGCUUAGUAGGCUACCUCAAUAUGACCACCAUCACAAGAAUAUCAAAUUUCCUUUGUUUUUGAAGGAAAUGAAACAUGAUUUGUGCAUAGUUUCUGAGAAACACAGUUGGCAUAAACCUACUAGUUUAAAGGAGCUUCAAAGCUUAUUGGAAUUAAACCGUGCCGAUGAAACCAGGAUGAAACUUGUUGUUAGUAAUACAAGUAUGGGAUAUUACAAAGAUAAAAAAGUCUAUGAUAUGUAUAUUGAUCUAAGUGGCCUUGAUGAGCUCUCACAUAUCAGAAAGGAUAGAACGGGGAUUGAAAUUGGGGCAGCAGUGUCAAUAUCUAAAGCUAUUGAAGCGCUAAAGGCAGAAAGCAGAGGUGACUUUCUUUCAGAUUUUGCAAUGAUACUUGAAAAGAUUGCUGACCAUAUGGGAAAAGUUGCCUCAGGGUUUAUUCGAAACACAGCUAGUGUAGGUGGAAAUUUAGUUAUUGCACAAAAGAACAACUUUCCCUCUGAUAUUGCUACAAUACUUCUUGCCGUGGAUUCAUUGGUUCAUAUAAUGAGUGGCACACAAUUUGAGUGGCUGACAUUGGAGGAAUUUCUGGAAAGACCGCCAUUAAGUUCUGAAAGUGUACUUUUAAGCAUUAAAAUUCCAAGUUUGGAAACUAUUAAAAGUACAUCUUCAGAACAAAGAAAUAGAUUCCACUUUGAAACUUACCGAGCUUCUCCUAGACCACUUGGAAACGCGCUUCCACACUUAAAUGCUGCUUUCCUUGUUGAGGUUUCUCCAAGCGACGAUUCCGGUGGAUCCAGGAUAGAUGCUUGUAGGCUGUCUUUUGGUGCUUAUGGGAAUAAGCAUGCAAUCAGAGCCAAAACUGUUGAGGAGUUUUUUACUGGAAAAAUGUUAAGUGUUAGCGUUCUGCAUGAAGCUGUCAACUUGCUCAAAGCUACUAUUGUACCUAAAGAUGAAAACACAAAAACAGCUUACCGUUCAAGUUUGGCAGCUGGCUUUAUUUUUCAGUUCUUUAACCCUCUGAUUGAAAGUUCUGCUGGAGUAACCAACUUUCACUUAAACGGAUAUUCUAAUUUUCCUUUUGAGAAGGAUUUUGAAUUAAAGGAGAAUCAGAAGCAGGUUCAUCGUAACAAAAUUGCAACUUUACUGUCAUCUGGGAACCAAAUCCUUGAAGCAGGAAAUGAGUAUUACCCCAUUGGUGAGCCAAUCGUUAAAUCGGGUGCUGCACUACAAGCUUCAGGUGAGGCUGUGUAUGUGGAUGACAUUCCUUCACCGUCAAAUUGCCUACAUGGAGCAUAUAUAUAUAGUUCAAAACCUUUAGCAAGGGUAAGGAGUAUAAAACUCAGCCCUGAUUUGCAGCUGGAUGGAGUGAAAGAUAUCAUUUCAAGUAAAGACAUUCCCAGUGGUGGGGAAAACAUUGGAUCCAAGAGUAUAUUUGGCACAGAACCUUUAUUUGCCGAAGAGAUAGCCAGAUGUAUUGGCGAACGUCUGGCCGUUGUGGUUGCAGAUAGUCAGAAACUUGCAGAUAUUGCAGCAAACUCAACCAUUGUCGAUUACGAUAUUGAAAAUCUUGAACCGCCUAUUCUAUCUGUUGAAGAUGCUGUUAAAAGAUCAAGCUUUUUUGAAGUUCCUCCUUUUCUCUACCCAAAACACGUUGGUGAUAUAUCAAAAGGAAUGGCUGAAGCUGAUCACAAGAUUCUUUCUGCAGAGAUGAAACUUGGGUCUCAAUACUAUUUCUAUAUGGAGACACAGACUGCACUUGCUGUGCCAGAUGAAGACAAUUGCAUUACAGUUUACUCUUCAAGCCAAUGCCCUGAGUAUACUCAUUCUACUAUAGCAAGAUGCCUUGGUAUUCCUGAAAGUAAAGUUCGAGUUAUUACAAGAAGGGUCGGAGGAGGUUUUGGAGGAAAGGCCAUAAAAUCAAUAGCUACUGCUGCAUCAUGUGCAGUAGCAGCACAGAAAUUAUGUCGUCCUGUCAGGAUGUAUCUAAAUCGAAAGACCGAUAUGAUAAUGGCUGGGGGAAGGCACCCCAUGAAGAUAACAUACAGUGUUGGGUUUAAGAAUGACGGGAAAAUUACUGCAUUAGAGCUUCAGAUAUUGAUCGAUGCUGGUAUAUAUGUAGAUAUAAGUUCAGCAAUGCCACAUAACAUAGUCAGCGCACUAAAAAAAUAUGACUGGGGUGCACUAUCUUUUGAUAUAAAGGUAUGCAGAACAAAUCUUCCCAGUAGAUCUGCAAUGAGGGGCCCUGGGGAACUGCAGGGAUCAUUUAUUGCCGAAGCUGUUAUAGAAAAUGUUUCAGCUACACUUUCAAUGGAUGUAGAUUCUGUCAGAAGUGUUAAUCUUCACACACACAAAAGUCUUCAGUUAUUCUAUGAGCAUUGUUGUGGUGAACCUUUUGAGUAUACCUUGCCUUCAAUAUGGAGUAAGUUAUCAAUUUCUGCAAAUUAUGAACAGAGAAGCGAAAUGGUGAAAGAGUUCAACAGAAGUAGUAUUUGGAGAAAAAGGGGAAUUUCUCGAGUACCAGUUGUGUUUCAACUGACGCUAAGGUCAACUCCGGGAAAAGUAAGUAUUUUAUCAGAUGGGUCUGUUGUUGUUGAAGUUGGAGGAAUUGAAUUGGGUCAGGGUCUGUGGACAAAAGUGAAACAGAUGGCUGCAUUUGCCCUUGGUACAAUUGAAUGUGAUGGAAGUGAAAGUCUCUUGGAUAAAGUAAGGGUUGUACAAGCUGAUACGGUAAGCUUGAUUCAAGGAGGGUUCACUGCUGGGAGCACCACAUCAGAGUCAUCCUGUGAAGCAGUUAGGCUUAGCUGCGACAUCUUGGUUGAGAGGUUAAAGCCUCUCAAGGAAAAGCUGCAGGAAGAAAUGGGCUCUAUCAACUGGGAGAAUCUUAUUCUUCAGGCAUACACACAAUCUGUAAACUUAUCAGCAUCUUCAUAUUACAUACCUAGCAAUAACUCGAUGAUGUACCUUAAUUAUGGCGCUGCAGUAAGUGAGGUGGAAAUAGAUCUUCUGACUGGAGAAACCAGAUUUCUUCAAACAGAUAUUAUCUAUGAUUGUGGACAGAGUCUCAACCCUGCUGUGGAUUUAGGACAGAUUGAAGGAGCUUUUGUCCAGGGAUUGGGGUUCUUCAUGCUUGAAGAAUAUGAAACAAACCUUGAUGGUUUGGUGUUGGCAAACGGCACAUGGAACUACAAAAUACCAACAGUAGACACUAUCCCUCAACAGUUUAAUGUUGAAAUUCUCAACAGUGGGCACCACCAGCAGCGCGUGCUUUCCUCAAAGGCUUCUGGCGAGCCGCCUCUACUUCUAGCUGCUUCAGUUCACUGUGCCACCAGAGCCGCUAUCAAAGAAGCAAGGAAACAGCUUCUUUCAUGGAGCAACGAAGAAGGACCUGAUUCAACAUUUCUGUUGGGGGUCCCUGCAACCAUGCCUGUGGUGAAGGAACUCAGUGGACUAGACAUUGUAGAAAGAUACUUGAAAUGGAAGAUGAGCAAGGUUAUAUUUACAAUAAAACGCAGGGUAGCUUGGCAGAGUAGCUUUUGCAACAAGGAAAAGGACAAGCUGGAUAUGGAGUGCAUGCUGAACUUUUCUUAUAUCUUUCUCAUUAUUUAUACCAAGUAGUUUUGGUCAACAUUUAUAGAUAUCAAGUGAUGUUUUAUGAUUAUUAUUCAUUAAUGAAAUGGUUAUAGUGAUGUCCA